AUGCAGUCUGUUCAGGCCGGGAAGUGGGACCCCCCAUCUAAACAACAUGCCACUCCCCUCGCCCAACCCCACCAGCCCCAGACGCGCCCGUCCCACGUAAACGCUCCUCAGGCCAAGCGCAUCACCUUCUAUAAGAGCGGAGACAGCCAGUUCGGAGGCGUCAAGAUGGCCGUGCACAAACGCAGCUUCAAAUGCUUCGACGCACUGCUGGAUGAUCUCUCCCAAAAGGUGCCGUUGCCCUUCGGUGUGCGCACAGUGACCACCCCUCGCGGGACCCACACAAUCCGACACUUAGAACAGCUCCAAGAUGGCGGCUGUUACCUCUGCUCCGACCGACGCCAAGCCAAACCGAUCAACAUGGACAUCACCACCAAACGCUCCGGAGUCUGGUCCCACCACGGCCGAAGACCCCACAGACCCGAGUCUACCUCUGCCACGCCCCCCGGACACGUGCCGUACAGACAGCGGCGCCUCCUGCUGGUGAAAAACACAGAGCCUGCAAUGAGGAGGAGCGUGGUUCUGAGCAGGAGAGUGACCCGGAGUCUGAGGGCGUUUUUAGAAGAAGCGUCGGAUGUGAUGCAGUUUCAUGUGCGCAAGUUGUACACAGUGGAAGGACGCAAGAUUGACAACGUUCAAAGCCUGAUGACUUGCCCCAACGUGCUGGUUUGUGUGGGACGAGAGGCCUUCAGUCCGCUGUUGGUGAAUUACAUCCGGAAAAGUUCAGAUGAGAAACUUCCUGGUUUGGAGACUAGGACGCCUGGGAACGGGGCUCGAUCUCCCCCUCAAGGAGCGCAGUCCCGGGCCAGUGAGCACAGCGAGGGCCAGGACAGCAAGAAGAACAUGCUGAACUUUGGCCUUGAAACGAAGAAAAGCAUCAUCCACCCUCGCUCCAACUCUUCAAACCGCUCAGCCCGCUUCUCCAUGUCCUCUGAGAAAUCCUGUGGCCUUAGCACCGCGUCCCAGGGCCACGCCGCCAUCUUGAACGACGACAUCGAAAAACGCGUGAUCGUCAACAAAGAUGGGAGCCUGUCUGUCGAGAUGAAGGUCCGAUUCCGUCUCCAUAGCGAUGAAACCUUACAGUGGUCGACCCAAAUCAAAAAAUCACCUUCUUUGACCAAUGAUUGUUGCUCUACAAGUCAAGCCCAAUCGCAUUAUCUGCAGCAUGAAAGUUGUUCAGAUCCAGAUUGCAAUUCGUAUGAACCGGAGAUUGCUGAUUACUCCUCGCAAUGUGCGAUGGACACAAAUAUGUGUCCGUGUUGUUAUAGGCAAGGCCAGCAAUAUGAUCUAUGGAAAAAUCCAACACAUAGCCACAAACAACCAAUCCCUCCUUCUCAUUCCACCACAGAAAGCCAUACUAUCUUAAGGCAAACCCACUCUUCUAGCUCAACGUCCUCUUGCAAUUCAACUAGAGUAGUGCGUUGUCGUGCUAGAAUUACCAACUGCGAAGAUGGAUCUGAACAUAGCCAAAUCGUCCAAGAAGAAAUGUGCGUCACAGAGCAGCACGUAGUGGAACAGGAAGUUAGCACGGUUAGCCGAAGCUGUAGCCAGAGUGAAGUUUUUGCUAAUGGUGAUGAAGUUCGACCUUUGAGUUCCAAAUCAGGCGAAGAGGAAGUUGAACGCCCCAUGUCAGUUAUUAGUGCUUCUUCACAUGUUCUGCAAGAGCUCAAAGAGGAUGACGAUGAAUUACCACCAAGCGCAUCAAGAUGUGACGAUGCAGCAUUGGAAACAUUUGAAAUGCAAAAUGAUGACAGACCAGCUAGCAAUGCUUCAGCUAAACAAAAUGAGGAGGAAGAAGGAUCGACUUGUCGGUGUCCUUCAGCAUCGGGAGUAGAGGGUAAUGGACGCACAUCUACGGCUAAAUCCAAAGCAGGUUCUUUUAAAUCUACCAAAGAAGCUGCAAAUGAUGACGUUGAAGAAGUUAAAACAGUUGUUAGUGGAUUGUCCGCAGGUUCAAGGAAAUCUGGAACAUCUUUAUGCUCUAAUUGUGGAGGCUGGAAACUCAAGGUUGCCUCUGGUUGCAAUAGUAGGGCUUCAAACAGGUCAAAUAACAAAUCACCAAGACCAACAACUGGAAAUUCGGCUAUAGAUGAAGACGAUAAUAGUUCUGAUGUGUCAACGCUUUCAAAUACGAGCAAUCUGACCGAUCACAGAGAAGUUUCUAUGAUUUCCAAUGGAGAUAUUAGAGCGGCAAGUGCAAUGUCCAAACCGGAAGAGGAAGAACAAGCUAAGGAGGCCAGAGCUACCAGUGUAACAUCUAACAAGUCACGCAAAUCUGGGUGCGAAAAUAAUGAAACAGUUGAAAUUAGAAGCCCAAGUGUCAUUUCUGCACUAUCGGAAAACUCAAAUUGCAGUGCAGUUCCUGAUCCCAUCGCUAGAGAGGCAGCAGACGGGGACGAUGCCUCAGAAAGAGUAGCUAGCGCCAUGUCGGUUAAGUCCAGUACUUCGGCUAAAACUAAAUCAAGUAUAAAAGUAACAGCUCCUACAACAGAGGAGGAAGAAACAAGAUCUGCAAGUGUGCAAUCAGAAAAGUCCAAUGCAUCUGCAAAAAGCAAUAGGCCCGAUAGUACCAAAUCAACAAAACCAGAAGAGCAGACAAGGGCUACUAGUGUCCAAUCAGUAAAAUCAAAUGAAUCUGCUAACACUAGUAGACCAGCUAGUGCGAAAUCACAUGUUUCUGAAAAAUCUCAAAAUGCAGAAGAGGAGACAAGAGCAGCCAGUGUCUUAUCAGUGAAGUCGAACAAAAGUAGGUCAGCUAGUCCAAUGUCGGUCAAAUCAAGCAAGUCCGAAGUUUCUGAAAAUGAACUACAAAAUCUAGAAGUAAAAUCCAAUGCCAAAGAUCAAGAAGGAGAAAGAGCUGUGAGCGCAACUUCUGGUAAAACCCAUAUUUCAACUGUUUCUGCCAAGUCCAAAAAGUCAAAUCAAACUGUAAUUUCUAUCAACGUCAAUGGGGAAAAUGACAAUAAAAGUGACAGGGUGACUAGUCCUGUGUCUGUCAAGUCUAACAAGUCUUCAAGAUUUCAUGUAAUCACAAUAAAAACACCUGAAGUUGUCAGUAAUGAUAGAUCGGCCAGUUCCGCAUCAAAUAAAACAGAGAAAUCGAAUGUUUCAGCUCGUUCAAAGCAAAACAAAAAGGCAGCUGUUGAAAAUGAUAAUGGAAAUGAAAAAAUAUUGGAAGACCAAGCUACAAAAAGCAGGAAUUCGAAUUGUACUCAAGAGUUAAUGCCAGAAAGCACAGACCUGAGAGGAACUAGCUCAUUGUCUGUCCGCUCUGGCAAAUCCGGGAAGUCAAAAUGUACAUGUGGCGAAACAAAUAAAGACAUCGAUGAUACCAAAGAGGACUCAGAAGUGGCUGCGAGCAUUCCUUCCCAAAAAAUAGACGAUGCAGAUGAAGACUCAUUUGCAUCAGUCUCUCUUGUUUUACCAGAUGAUCAGGAAUCAGAAAGUGGCGAAUCUAAUGUGUCAUCUAAUAGAAAUAAAACCAAAACAUCUACUCCUGAAGUGUCCAAAAGUCCUGUCAAUGUAGCAGAUGUAGGUCCAACCACUCCCAAUGCAACUAAUAUCCCAACUAUUGAAACACCAGGACAAGGUAACAAUAAUGAAGACGCUAGCGAUGAGAAGAGCAGAGUGGCUAGCUCGUGUUCAACCAAAAGCACUCGUUCGGUUAAAAGCACAAAAUCUAAAAAGUCUUGUAGCAACUGUGGUAAGCUAACAACGCAAGAAGCUGCUAACGGUACGGCUAGCCCAGUUGGAAGUGUUAAAUCAAUUGCAACUACAAGGACCGGCCAGUUAACAGCUCCAGAUAAUAGGACAACAUCGGCAAUGUCAACCGCAAGUGCGAAAAAUCAAAGAAAGUUAGCUAAAAAUGAAGAUGAUGAUAAUGCUAGUGAAGAAAGUUCUGAACAAGCUAGCGAAACUAAAGUGGAAGAUGAUACUCUUGCUAGGACUAACUCAAAAAGUCCCAGUAGAUUGCAGCCAAUAUCUGGCUCAACUCGGUCUACAAAUUCAAGUAAGGUUAAAAAUGGUGCGCUAUCUGCCGAAAGUUCACAAAAGAAGGAAGUAAAUGCUAAAUCACAAAGUACACAAAAUCACUCCAUACCAGCUAGCAAGGGCGAUACAUGCAGCGAAAGCCUCCUAUCUCAUUCCCUUUCUGCUGCGGACUUAGCCAAGGAAACAAAAGCCACUGAACGGCCUGAAAGCUCAAGGUCAAAGGUCAACAAGAGCGCAAUGAGUCAAAGAAGCAAGAAGGAGGCGGAGCAAGAGCUAACCCCAUCCUGUCUACCGAACGCAUCCCCUAAUGAAGUUGUGAGCGACUGGCUAAACCGCAUUCCCGCUAACAUGCUAGCGCUAGGAGACGAAGACGAAGACAAAUGCGUUGAAGAUGUUGAAAGAGGGAAUGGUGUUGGUGAAGAGGCAGAGGUCAAAGGUGAAGAUGAGGAGGUGAAGACUGAAGUGAGCGAGGGAGAGAAGGCGGGAGCAAAGGAGGAAGGAAAAGUGGAGACAUUUGAGAUCCGGCAGGUUGGCAUGGUGACCGAGACGUCACUACCUAAAAGCUGGCACUCAUCUGCAGCUGUGAUGAAGGUGCUACUUAGUUCAUCUGUGGGAAGAUGUCGAAGCAUGCCCGAGGUUUCCCCAGUUUAUGGCCGCAGACUCAGUGCUUCAGCCAGACAGCUACUAGACUGCCUGACCCAGCUCCAACUCAUCGAACCAACAGGAAACCAGGGUUACUCUGUACAGAAGGACCAACGCCCGCAAUUCGAAGACAUAAUUUCUAUUCUUCAAUCCCUUUGGCUGGCCGAACCAGGGGAGAUAGUUGACCCCAAAGACCCCAACGGGACGGAUCAAAUCUCCCCACCUAGGUCUUCGUCUGGGGUGGACAUGAGCAGUGGGUCUGGGGGGUCAGGGAAGGACAAUGUCAACCAGGAAGACGAGCCAAGACAAGACGGAGAGCAAGAAAAUAAAACAGAAGAGGCUUCGGAAAGUCCUGACGAUGCGAAAGCGACAGAAAAUCCGUCGUCUCUGGAUAAAAAUUCCAAAACUCCAACUGAUAAUGACUUGGAUACACAAGAAGACACACAAGAAGGCUCCAGCUCGGAAAGCCCACCCACAGUUUUGAAAGCCCCCCUUUCCAAGCGUCAAUCCCAGGACCCUGAUCCAAUGUGGGUCCUUCGUCUCCUCAAAAAGCUGGAAAAGCAAUUUAUAAACCACUAUGUCACUGCUAUGGCGGAUUUCAAAGUCAAAUGGGACCUGGAGGAUAGUUUGAUACUAGAUCGGAUGAUAGUGGAGUUGAAGGAUGAGGUGAGUCAGAGGAUAGAGAGAAGCGUGGAGAGGGAGAUGAAGAAGAUCCAAGGCAGAGCAGGGAAAAGAGUCCCCCGGCCACCGCUAGGGGGCAACCAGUCCACCGACUCCGUCAUGACAGAGAAACGGAGACGACUACUCAAGGUCAUGAAAAACCACUCUGUGAAAACCGGCGAUUCUGUGAGUGAAGGAGAGCUAACCGGCGAAAACAGCGACCAGCGCAGUGACGACGAAUACUGUCCCUGCGAGGCUUGUAUUGCAAAGAAAAUGGCCUCCCGCCCUCCUCCCAAAACCAACCCGAACGCUAUCCAGGCCCCAGUGCACAAAGACUUCGACCUUCUCAAAAUCUUAUUAUUCAAAACAUCUCCAGGCACUCAGAAAAAGACUGAACUCCAGCAAGAAGAAGCUAAAAAAGUAGUCGAGGAGGACGGGAGGAACUUAGAAGUAGUGGAGGAAGAAACUAGUGAGGAUUUGGGUGCAGAAGAGGCGGGUGCAGAGGAGGAGGGAGCAGAGGAAGGGGAUGCAGAGGAGGAGGGUGCAGAGGAGGAGGAAGCAGAGGAAGCCAAGUGCCAAUGUCAGUGUAGUAAAGACCAGGAUGAAGAAGAGACUGAGGAUAGCGACAGAGAGACGGUUAAGGAAAGAACUUCAUUCAAGGAGACGACGGGGGAGACAAGCGGAGGAGAGGAGACGAGGAAUGAGGAGGGAGGAGAGGAAGAGGAGGAUGGAGGAGAGAGUGAGGAGGAGGGGGAAGUGGAAGACGACGGAGAAAUGAGCGAGGAGGCAUCCACGGAGGAGAGAACUUCAGAGCAGGAGAGCAGACCAGCUGUUAGCGCGACCGAAGGAGAAGAUGCCGACGUCGAGGAUUCGGGAACAGAGGAAAAGUCUGAUCACGAGGCAGAAAAUAAAACCGAAAACACUGAACCGAAACUUGAGAAAAAGCCAGACACUUCCCUUCUCCACCAGUUCACCAAGACCUCCGUGGAGUCCCAGUCUGGAUCUCUGGAAGACAUCACUACAAGUACUACAAACAUGGAAGUACGGAAACUAGCAUCUCCUGGCGGGAGGAGCCAGAAGAGGAGCAGAUCACCAGCUAGAGUCAAACAUCGUAAAGCUAAAAACAGUGACAGUGAUUUGGACAACGUUUAAGUCCGAAAUCUCAGGCAAAAUUCUACAUUCAUUCUACAAAAGGUGGCGAUGUCGAGCAACAGCGUGAAGCGG